AUGAAGUGUUUGCAAGUCACUUUUCUUGUCCUUGGACUGGGAUCUCUGGUCCAGUCACAAGGAUAUUCCUCUGAAUGCACGGAUAUAUCCCUAAUUGAUUCUUGGCUGAUCGCGACUUGUCCCACAGAUGAUGGCACCGGGGAGAUCACAAGCAGCGUGUACCUUCCUAAUAAAAUCGAGAAUAGCGAAGGUACUCUUAAGUGGAAAACAGAUGGCUCUUAUUGGUCUUCUUGCGACGACUGCCAGCUCGUCGAUAGUGGAUCUACUCUGCAAUGCUACUGCGAUGGCACGUACUCAUCCGAAGAUGGAACCACCACUUUAGAUUUGGAGACGUAUAUUGCCAAUUAUGACGGGCACCUUCUCUCCAAUCUGACGGGUGCCAUCACCUCGGUUCCUGCAAACUCGUCCUAUGCAGUCCCGACCAAUUUUGACGUCGAGCUAGAGUUAAGCAGCCUGAAUAAUACCUGCUCCACCCUGGGCGCGUAUCUAACCCUUAAUGACCCCACGGACUGCUACUAUCUCAAUCUUGGGGUAACAUAUACGUGGGCUUGCGGCACAUCAGUCGAUAACGAGGGCUGGGAGAUUGUAGGCUUUGCGGCCAAAGACUGCUCGGGUGACGCAGUGGUGACCUACACUCCCAGCAAUGUCGAUACUUGCCUGACCUUUUCGACCGGGGUACAAGCUUUCUCAAUCACUCCUCUGUGGAACGCAGACUAG